UUCCGCUUCUCCUUUCUGCUCUUGGGGCCGUGGGCUCUGACCGGGCCCUGCAAGGGGCGGCGUGGCCCCUGCCCCCGGCUGCUCCCUCCGUGCCCCCUCACCCCCCCGCCCCGCAGCGGGGAACGAACCGGGCUCGGAAGCGGAGCCGCUCUGCUCCUGCCGGGCCGGGCUUCGCUCGCAGCGUCCCCUCCUCGCGCUGCGGCGCUGAGAGCAGCGUUCCCGUCCCGCGGUUCAGCUUCGGGUUCGGUUUCUGCCUCCAGUCUCGGGGCGGUGCGGAGCUUCGGGUCGGCACCGGGCGGUGACGGCGGAGUGCGGGACCGCGGCUGGGAGCGGGAGGGGGAGGAGGAGGAGGAGGAGGAGGAGUGCGACCUUCAGCCUCCGCGCUUUGCUUCCUCGUAAGACGGGCUGGGAGCGGAUGAGCGGCGGCGGCGGGAGGAGGAGGAGGAGGAGGGCGGCUCCGUGACGGCGGCGGCGGCCGGGCCGGGGUGGGGGUUUCCCCGCGAUGUCGCACGCUUUGAAGCAGGUGUUCAAUAAGGACAAAACCUUCCGGCCCAAGCGCAAGUUCGAGCCGGGCACGCAGCGCUUCGAGCUGCACAAGAAGGCGCAGGCGUCGCUCAACGCCGGCCUGGACUUGAAGCUGGCCGUGCAGCUGCCGCCGGGCGAGGAGCAGAACGACUGGGUGGCCGUGCACGUGGUGGACUUCUUCAACCGCAUCAACCUCAUCUACGGCACCAUCAGCGACCACUGCACCGAGCAGUCGUGCCCCGUCAUGUCCGGCGGCCCCAGGUACGAGUACCGCUGGCAGGACGAGCACAAGUACCGCAAGCCCACGGCGCUGUCGGCGCCGCAGUACAUGAACCUGCUGAUGGACUGGAUCGAGGUGCAGAUCAACAACGAGGACAUCUUCCCCACCAACGUCGGUGAGUGUGUGUGUGUGUGUGUGUGUGUGUGUGUGUGUGUGUGUGCGUGCCGGGGCUCAGUGCUGGGUGGGGGUGUCCCCGUGUGGGGGCUGUGCCCGGGAGGGCUUGAGCCAAGAGCUGCAAAGACGACGGCAGCAGCUGCCUCCAGCCCUGUGCUUUGGGGAAAGGAGAUGACAGCCCAGAUGUGUCACUGA